AUGGGCAAGUGUCCAGAAGCCCCAGGGUCAAGCGCCACAGACGCCGAGCCGAUAACGGGAUCUCUCACUUUCAAACAGCUCAUCAUUUACAUCAACUAUGCAUGCUUCGCGCUCACUGCUAUUCUAUGGCUCGGCCUAGCCAUUCCACAUCUGCGGCGUUACAAGGCACCGGACGAACAACGGCCUAUCUUUCGCAUCAUCUCGACUCCAGUGGUUUUCUGCACUAUUGCACUCAUCGCCGUGCAUGCCUACAACGCGGCCGAAUAUUUGGACCCGAUAGCCAGUCUCUACGAGGCGUAUGCUCUUGCAUCUUUAUUCUUGCUCUACGUCCAUUACGUUGUGCCGGAGGCGCACAAUCGCGAUGAGUUCUUCCACAACCUGGAGAGCACGACCAAGGAUGGAAGACCGGUCCCUGGAGGUAGUCUGCGCUGGUUUCGUCGGGUAUGGCGGACCGUUUUCGGCUUUGUCGUGAUAUAUACGAUCCUCAUCGUCGUCCAAGAGGUCCUGCAGGCUACUGGUCACGCCUGUGCGACAACCAAGAAAGGAAAGCGUGGGCAGAUCAUACUUAAUGUCCUUCAAACAAUCUCGAUGGUCUAUGCACUCAUUGCAAUCUUAAGAUUCCAGCGUCGCUUGAAGAAGUUCAUGGAGGGCCGGCGAGCGAUCAUGAAGUUGAUUGCAUUUAAGCUAUUCGUCGCAAUCCAAGUUCUACAGCGCUUUAUCUUCAGCAUCGUGAGCACGAGAGUCUCAGGCAAUUCCAAAAUCACGUUCCGCGAUAUCUCAGUUGGACUCCCCGCCCUACUGACGUCGAUCGAAAGUUUGAUCUUUACAAUCGGCUUUUACUUUACUUUCCACUCCAAGGAGUAUCAGGACGGAACGGCUGCGCCAGGGAAGAAGUACAGUGGUCUACGUGCCUUGAUACAUGCACUCAGUCCUGGUGAUCUCAUACGUGGUGUCCUCAUUGCGUUCACGGCAUGGAAGCCAUCGGGAGCGGGCAAUCGUGAUCAUGUUUCGACGGUUCACCACACUACGGCGAAGCCUGUGUGA